AUGACCCAAAGCGAACUCAGUAGUGAGGAGUUAGAGAAUGAUGAACCUCCUGGCGGCGCAUUCACACUCAUGCUACCUGCGACUAUCAAGGGUUACGGUUUCCACAACAAGAAAUGGAAUACUCUACUCGUGGAACAUAUACAAGAUAUCAAAUGGAACAGUGGGGUCUUCGAGAAUCGACUAGUCCUUCAGGAGGACAAAAAGGAACUGGUGAAAGCGUUAGUCACGGUCCACAUUGAGAAGAGCCGCGAAAUCAAGACCGAUUUCAUGGACGGAAAGGGCGAGGGGCUUAUCAUAUUGCUUCAUGGCGGGCCAGGUACUGGCAAGACGCUCACAGCAGAAAGUAUCGCCGAGCUCGUUCAUCGUCCUCUUUAUAGGGUGACUUGCGGCGAUAUCGGGACAGAUGCCGAAAGCGUAGAAAAGUACCUCGACGCGGCCUUGUUCAUCGGGAAUACCUGGGACUGCGUGGUCCUACUAGAUGAAGCCGACGUGUUUCUCGAGGAGAGAACAAAGAUGGAUCUUCAACGCAACGCGUUGGUGUCCGUGUUCUUGCGCGUCCUAGAGUACUACGACGGCAUCUUGAUCUUAACGACAAACCGCAUCGGUACCUUCGAUGAGGCAUUCAAGUCUCGUAUACAGCUCGCGCUCCACUAUCCGCCGCUGAGCGAGAAAGGCCGCUGGGAAGUCUGGAGAAACUUUGUUCGAUCGUUGUCAGAAGGUGGGGAGAAAAUCAACACUGAAGAAAUCAAAGAGAAGCUGGACAUUCUCGCCCGCCACAAACUGAACGGCCGGCAGAUUAGGAACACGAUCAACACAGCUCGCCAGCUGGCGCGGUACAAAAAGGACUCAUUGCGCUACACGCAUGUAGACCAAGCCGUUCGCGUUGUCAACGAGUUUGAGAAGUACGUUACAGACGUACAUGGUCACGACGAUGAGGAGUAUGCGCGAGAUCAAGGCUUGAGAAACGAUGAUGCUUUGCAGGUAGACUGA